AUGUCUUCAGACAAAUCUAUUGAAAAGAACACAGAUUCGACUGCCUCUGAAGUUCACGGAGGUGAUAAUUAUUCGAACAACUUGAUUUCAAAAGGGGAAGAGAUAAAAUCUAUGCCAUCAGGCCAAUGUGAAGAAACAGCUAUGGCUCCAACUGAGCCCUUCCAUUCCGACGAACAAUCGAAUGACAACCAACUGGAUUUAAAUCAUGAGGAAAACGAAGCACCCGCUAAUAUAUCAAAAGAAGAGCCCAUUGAGCCCUCUCUAAAUACUGAAGACACACAAAUCACUGAACGAAAUGUUGAGGAACAAAAGCAAGAAACAAAAGAACCCGAUCCCGAAAUUGAUUUAAAUGAACCAUUGAAUUUUGAAAAAGAUGUGACGAAUAAAGUGGAAGCCUCAAAUGGGCAGGAUAUUGAAAAGAAAUAUGAGGCGGUUGAAGACAGUGAGAAGAUUUACCCUGAUACUAAAGACGAUACUAAUAGUUCUCUAGGAAACAAAGAACUGGCAGAAAACAUUUCUGGAGAUGACAAGUUAUCCUCAAAUAAAUACCCCGGUAACGAAACUGGUGCUAUGGCAACUACAAAUGGGAAUGGUGUUGCUAUAAAUAGUGAAACAUCCCCAGAAAGGUCACCACAGAAUGAUAAGCAAUUUCGCGAUAGUGAUGGGACAGCUACAGAAGUUGACUUGAAUGAAAGCAUAGAGCAACAAGCUGCCAUAGAAUAUGGACCCAUAAGAGCCGAGAACCUUUCGCCAGAAAAUGUUAGGAAAGUACCACCAAUACCUACACAAAUUACCGACGAAAUGGAUGACAACUCAAGUGAGAAGGAGGUUCCCAUAAUUUGCACUUCAACUUCACCACCGUUACCACCUAGACAAAAUGCUGCGAUAUCUACGUCACCAAGAUUGCCCCCAAGGGGCGAACAAAGGGAACAACCACCGAAGACGAAGAACGCAGUUCCACCGCCACUGGAGGAAGAAAUGAAGUCAGAGAACUUUCGUAAAAACUUCGAAGAAACCAAAAGAAGUAGUCAUCAUCAUGUUCCUUUCACUGGAUCCAAAAGUGCGCAAUUAGAGUCCACUGCAGAAAUUAAUUUGAUCGCUAGUCGUUACCGUAAGACCAGUCACCAUUUGAAUAAAGAGGGAGAAGAAACCAGAGAGUCAUUGCAGGAAGGUCAAAGCUUUUUAAAAUCGACAUAUACGUCAUUUCUGGAGAACUUGACCGAGUAUAACGAAGUAGAAGACGUUAAUGAAGAAGAUAGGGAAAUGUUCAAGAUUGAUUGGUCUUUCUGGACUCAAGUAGUUAAUGACUUUGCUACGGUGGCAAGUAACGAACCAGAAAAUUUGGAAGCGCAUGUUACCAAUGGGAUACCACCACAAAUCCGAGGUAUCAUAUGGCAGCUGAUGGCGAAUUCCAAAUCAAGAGAAAUGGAAGAUAUAUACGAAACCCUAUUGGAUACCGAAUGCCUUCAUGAGGCAACUAUACGUAGAGAUUUAAGGAGAACGAAAUUUGUUGCUGAGGACAAAAUGGAGUCACUAUUCAAGAUUAUAAAGGUGUAUUCUGUUUAUGAUCCAGAUGUUGGGUAUACGCAAGGGAUGGGUUUCAUUGCAGCGCCGCUGUUAAUAAAUUGUGAAAACGAGGCCGAGUCUUUUGGAUUAAUGGUAGGAUUGAUGAAGAAUUACGGGUUGAGAGAGCUUUUCUUACCGGGAAUGCCCGGGCUGAUGUUAAUGCUUUAUCAAUUUGAUAGAUUAUUAGAGGAGCAUUCACCUUCUUUGUACAAUCGCUUGAUCCGUGAGGGAAUCAGUUCCACAAUGUACGCCACACAAUGGUUUUUAACGUUUUUCGCAUACAAGUUUCCGUUGGAGUUUGUAUUAAGAAUUUUUGACAUUGUAUUUGUAGAAGGUAUUGAAGUACUCUUGAAGUUUGCGGUAAAUUUAAUGUUAAAGAAUGAAGAAACUUUAGUAAAAUUAAGAUUCGACCAAUUAUUGGAUUUUUUAAAGGACGAACUCUUCAAUUAUUAUUUAAUGGGAAACCACGAUGAUGUUUCUGUGGUGCAAAUGGAAUUAUCAGGGAGGGACACAUUUAAAGGCGGUGAGGAUAGCACUUUGUCUUACAAUGUUGAUCUUUUCGUUCAUGAUGCGAUGACAGGAGUAUAUAUUACACCAUUAACAUUAAGAAGAUACAAGGGAGAAUACAUAGAAAUCCAUGAAAAAGAGCAAAAAAAAGAGGACCACUACGAAUCACUAAGGAUUCAAAACCAUCAACUACAAAGAGAGGCGCAGAAGUUAGAACACGACUAUUCGAUUUUGAACAAGGAGAAUAUCGGUGCCGCUAACGAGCUGAUUCAGAAUAGAUUGAAUAUGGAGAUGCUGUUGGAUGAGAAAAACGACUUGAUAAAUACAAUCAACGAUAUCAAAAACCAAAUUGAGGAAGAGAUUCGCAAACAAAAUUUACCCAACCCGGACGCGUCAUUACCAAAGGCAGAUCUGAGAGAAGAUUUGGAAAGGACUAUAUCCAGGAACAAUGAGGUAAUGAGGGAGAAUGGCCAAUUAGAGGAAAGGAUUACAGAACUGCAAGCGGAAAUUGAUGAGCUGAUUAGCAUCAAUAAGGAGCAGGUGUCCACUGCAUCGUUACUGGAACGGGAUUCGAAGGCUAAAGGGAGGAAAGGCUGGACCGGUUUCAAAAAAGUUUUUAAAUAG